AGUUCUUCUGAACACUAACAACUCAUUUCCCACCUAGACAAACUCUUUAUUAAUACACUUUGUUUCUCUUUCCUUCACUCCCUCUCUCUCAUGCUCUAUAUAAUCAGUCAUUCUGUGAUAAUCUCCUCACUCAUGGGAAGCAUGAACAUGAAGGUGCAUCAGCUCACACGUGGGUUCUGGGAUCAUGAACCCUCCCUCUCACUUGCCUGCAAACGCCUCCGUCCUCUUGCUCCCAAGCUUACCACCACCGCCACCACCACGACUACUACUACUAGUCCUUCUGACACCAUCCCUUCCCUUGAUAUCAAGAGCUUCAUCAAGCCUGAAAGUGGUCCUCGAAAGUGUGGAUCCGCCGGCGAGAAGAGAGACACUCCUCAGGUGGAGGCUCACUCAGGAGGGACGAGGUGGAACCCAACACAAGAACAGAUUGGGAUCCUGGAAAUGCUGUAUAGGGGUGGAAUGAGGACACCUAAUGCACAACAAAUAGAGCAAAUCACAGUUCAGCUUGGGAAGUUUGGGAAGAUAGAAGGGAAAAACGUAUUCUAUUGGUUCCAAAACCACAAAGCACGAGAGAGGCAGAAGCAGAAACGCAACAGCCUUGGUCUCACCCAUUCUCCAAGGACUCCUUCUUUAGUGGUCACCACAACUAUAGCCUUGGAUGCCGAUAGAGAAAUGGAAAGAGAAGAAGAGAGCCAGUACUACAAAAGGAAGCAAAGAAGCUGGGGAAGGGUGAAGUGGUGUGGGGAGGAGGCCGAGGAGGAGGAUAGUAGCAGCAGGUGGAGUAGUGGAGGAGAAGAGGGAGAUGAUAAGACUCUGGAGCUCUUCCCUUUACACCCGGAAGGCAGAUGAAGGAGUAACAAUUCCCCAAGUUCCCAAAAAAUUUAAUCUCUUAAUUUCAUGUGAAUUUGCUUUGCUUUUCUUUCUCUCUUUCUUUGCUUCGGGAAAGAAGAAAGUGAAGCUGAGUGAGCUCUGUUGUAAUACUGCAGUGUACCCUCUUAUUUCAAACUCUCUCUCUCUCUCUCUCUCUCUCUCUCUCUCUCUCUCUCUCUCUCUCUUCCCUGACCAGCCGAGGUGCUUGCAGUAAGAAAGCUCUUUUACAAGCAUUCUGGUGGUGGUGGUGGUGAGUGGCCUGAGUGGCCUGAGUGGGAUCCUUUGACUA